CUCUUCCGCCAGCUCAAGAGCCGCCUCCACCCAACCAACUUGUGUUACGCGGAUCAUACACCAAAAACAAACAAUAAACCUCAAACCAUAAUCUCCAAUCUCCUUCUCCUCUGAAGAUCCAAGAAACUCCCAGAUUCUCAUAAACCCAAUACCCAUCUCCACGAAAUUCCUCACCUUCAAUCCUCCCCGCCUUCUGCUUCUUCCAAUUUCUCCAAUGGAUACCUGGUCUUCCCUCCCGGUUGAUGACGAGUUCGAAAAACUCCUCAUAAGAAUGAACCCUCCAAGGGUUUCUGUUGAUGACACCUCGAGCAGGAAGGCCACUUUGAUUAAGGUUGAUAGUUCGAACAGGCACGGGAGUUUGCUGGAGGUGGUUCAGGUUCUGACUGAUUUGAAUCUCAUAAUUCGUCGAGCUUACAUUUCUUCUGAUGGCGAAUGGAUCAUGGAUGUUUUUCAUGUGACUGAUCAGCAUGGGAAUAAGCUUUCUGAUGAUGGUGUGGCCGAGAGAAUCCAACAGUCACUAGGGCCGAGGGCACACAGUUUCCGGUCGUUGAGGAGGUCGGUAGGCAUCCAAGCUGCUACAGAAAAUACUACGAUUGAAUUGUCUGGAAGAGAUAGGCCAGGCCUACUUUCAGAGAUUUUUGCUGUUCUUACAGAUCUUAAAUGUAAUGUGGUAGCUGCAGAGGUAUGGACCCACAAUUCGAGAAUGGCGUCGGUUGUUUACAUCACAGAUGACACAAGUGGAAUGCCAAUAGAUGAUCCCGAUCGGCUGUCUAAGAUUAAACAGCUUCUCCUCUAUGUUCUAAAAGGAGACAGAGAUAAGCAUAGCGCCAACACUGCAGUUUCGAGGAACUCUACUCAUAAAGAGCGGAGGCUGCAUCAAAUGAUGUAUGCAGACCGUGAUUUCGACUUGAACUACAUGAGUUGCAGCGAAAGGUAUCGAAGCAGGCCACUUGUGACAGUAGAGAACUGUGUUGAGAAGGGAUAUACCAUUGUCAACCUAAGAUGCCCCGAUCGACCCAAAUUACUUUUCGAUAUAGUUUGCACACUGACUGAUAUGCAAUAUGUGGUGUACCAUGCAACCAUCAUUGCCGAAGAACCAGAGGCUUAUCAGGAGUUCUUUAUCAGGCAUGUAGAUGGAAGUCCUAUAAGUUCUGAACCAGAGAGACAGAGGGUAAUCCAUUGCUUGGAGGCUGCAGUUAAGCGACGAACUACCGAGGGUAUAAAACUCGAGCUUUGUAGCGAAGACAGGGUCGGGCUUUUAACCGAAGUGACGAGAAUAUUUAGAGAGAACGGUCUUUCCGUCACUCGAGCCGAGGUUACCACAAGAGGAACCCAGGCCGUGAACGUCUUCUACGUGACUGAUGCAUCUGGAAAUCAAGUAAGAAGUGAAACCAUCAAGGCAGUGCGAGAAGCCAUUGGACUAACGAUACUCCUCGUGAAGGACGACGAACAACGCUCAAACUCUCCACCGCAGGAGGGGUCAAGCUUCUCUUUGGGGAACCUGUUCCGGUCGAGAUCGGAGAAGGUAUUAUACAACUUGGGUUUGAUAAAGUCAUGUUCAUGAGGGGUAGGGGUAUGAUGUAAAUAGUAGAAUUAAUGAUCCUUCAGUAAUACAGCAGCAGAGUUUCAGAUCAAUGGUAGUUGAUAUUGUGACAUGGCUUCAUCAAUUGGCUGCUUCUAUUAGAUUCCAACUUGUACAAAUGUAUAUUCCUCAUUCUCAGUUUAAUGCACAUAAAUCUUAUUCACAUAA